GGGUUUGCACAGCUGUGUGCGGUGUGUAGGCCGGCUCUCUGCCACCGGAGAGUAUUGCUCGGUCACCGGGACCUCAGAGCUUCACAACAACGGCGCGAAGUGCCAAAAAAAAUGGAUUUGAACCAAGAUCUUCCCAGUGGCCAAGAUCCGCUUUCUAAAUGUCUUCAUGCUAGAAAGGAAUUAGAAACUGCAAUUCAAACUCUACUUAAAACAGAACAACAAGUCAAGGAAAAUGGCAGAGAGGUUAAAGCUGAGAUUCAGUCUUGUAUUAGUCGUCACCUGGAAUGUCUGCGCAGCCGUGAAAUUUGGCUCCUGGAGCAGGCUGACUUGAUUCAGCAGCUGAAGGAAGAGGCCUUACAACACCAAGCUCAGCAGCUCUAUUGGCUGUUGGGACAGUUCAAUUGCCUGAUUCACCAGCUAGAGACCCCUCACAGUAAUGACCUUGCCAAUCAGAUCACAGUUUGUUUAGAAAGGUUGGGCAGUCUUGCUCUGAACCCUGAAGAAACAUCAACCCUCAGUUUUGAAGCCGAUGUUCCGUAUCUCCGGAAAGCUAUUACUACAUUUGGAUCAAUUAACACUGUGAACUGUGAAGCAAGUCCAGUGAUUGUCAGCCCUGUACCCUGCAGUUUUGUCACUCAGAAUCCCUGGCUUCUCAACAAUUGUUAUGUUCCUCCAAUUGAUCAGAAACCUCAUUCGGGAACUUUGAGCCCAUCUCUGUCUGAAUGGCUUUUGGAGGGCAAAGUGACAGGCAUUUCUUCAUGUCCUGCUUUGUACAUUCCAAGCUCUUCUCCACAGGAUUGGCUACUAAACUCAGACAUCACUGGACAUAAUGAGUUUUCAGAAAUGCCUGCACCACCCACAUUUGAUAUGGAGAAAAUUUGGGGUAAACUAGGGGAAUUACAUAAUUGGUUGCUACAAUCCCAAAAUAAGGAAUCUUGUCCUGAGAAAACUGGAGUGCGCACACGUGAAAAUUCAGAGUCCAGCUCUUUCUCCUUUGAAAAAGUUGAAGAUGUUGACUUUGAUUUGGAGGAUCAGGAAGAGAUGGAUCUUUCAGAGUGGCUCAUUUCCUCAGCCACUACUGAAGACUCAAUCAGUGACGUGGACAAAUGGAAACUCCUCUUUCAGCCAUUUGUUCAGGACUACAGCAUUAGCGAUUGGCUCCACAAAGUAGAGUCCUGCAGUAAUUGCUGUGGUGGAAAUACAGCUGCCUUGGAAAUUGAAAAUCUUGGGAACCUCAGAUGCUUAAAUGAGCAGCUUGGUGGGAAGAAGGCACCUGUGUUUGUCGAUGAGAUGUGGCUGUUGAAGGAAUCUCAGCCAGUUUUUAAGAUGGAAGAAAUCUGCAAAGCUAAUGAGCCCUGCUCUACUCUCUCAGAAUGUGUUUGUGAUGAAAGCUGUGAGAAGGACGCUCUAAGGAAGUGGCUUUUGAAAAAAGAAGGCAAAGACAAAAAUGGCAUUCCUUUGAAUCCAGAACACAUGGCCAAAGACAAGGAGUCUGAAAAGUCAAAACCUUCCAUAAAUAUGUGGCUGCAUCCAUGCAAAAGAAAUUCUGGAGACCAGACUUGUACCAAGAAGACAGAAGAAUGUGAUCCCUUAAUUAGGCACUUCAGACAAUUGCUUGAAACACCUUUGGCCAAUUGGGUUGUUGAAUCCGCUACAGCAGAGAAGGCAGAAAAUGAAAUUUCAAGUAGUAAAUGGAAGCUGAACCCCGUAGAGAAUCUUUCUCCAUUUCAUUUGCCUCUAGACACUGGUUGCUGGGUGUUGUCUUCAAAGAACAUAGAUAACGUGGAAAAGUCAGCACAGCCUGCACUGGAGGAUAAAUGGCUCUUACGUAAAAAAAGCUCAUGAAUAUUAUGGCCUUUCCAGUGUCUGUGACCUUUUUACCUGCAUGAAGCUAGCAGCAGACAAAGACCAAUGGCUGUACCGCACUCCCUUACAGGUAUG